GGGGGGGAAGAGGGUAUAAACUCAUGCACGCCAAGAAAGCUCAUGCAUAUAAGCACCCUUAUAACUAACCCAACCUCCUCACUUCUUAUCAUUUCCAUCCCAUGCAAUUUCAUCAUCUUCAUUCCUCUCUCUCUCUCCAUAAUUCGACAUGGCGACGAUGAACCCUAACCCGACCAACAACCACACCCUCCUCUCCUCGUCCAUGGCGUCGGCCUCUCUGGAUGCCAUCGGUAUUAGCCUUGUCCUCGGGCGGCUCCACCUGCUGCAGCACGUCCAUGUCCUCGAGAUCCUCCUUGCCGUGUUUGUGUUCAUGGCCAUACACUCACAGAGGCAGCGGAGGAAGCAUGGCCUGCCGGUCUGGCCGGUGCUUGGCAUGCUGCCGUCGAUGGUGGCUGGUCUCAGGACAGACAUGUACGAGUACAUAUCUGAGGUCGUGUGCCGCCAGAAUGGAACGUUUGAGUUCCGUGGGCCAUGGUUCAGCAACCUCUACUGCGUGGUCACGGCGGACCCCCGGAACCUGGAGCACCUCUUGAAGACCAAGUUCCCGAACUUUCCCAAGGGGCCGUACUUCAGGGACAUGGUGCGGGACCUCCUAGGCGAUGGCAUAUUCAACGCUGAUGAUGAAACUUGGCAGAAGCAGAGGAAGACGGCGAGCAUCGAGUUCCACUCCGCUAGGUUCCGCCAGCUGACCACAGACUCCCUCCUAGAGCUUGUCCACGCCCGCCUCCUCCCUGUACUGGAGGAAGCCUUGAAGAAUUCUGUCGCGGUCGACUUGCAGGACGUGCUCCUGAGGCUGACCUUCGAUAACGUGUGCAUGAUCGCGUUCGGGGUUGACCCUGGCUGCCUGAGGCCUGGCCUUCCUGAGAUACCCUUCGCCCGGGCAUUCGAGGACGCCACCGAGGCCACGGUUAUGCGGUUCGUGACCCCCACGUGCAUCUGGAAAGCCAUGAGGUGGCUCGAGUUGGGAACAGAGAGGACCCUGAAGCAGUCGAUCAAGGGUGUGGACAAGUUCGCCAAUGAGGUCAUCAGGACUCGAAAGAAGGAGAUCUCGGCAGCCGACUACUGCAAAAACCCGAGAUCGGACAUACUGACGGUUUUCAUGGGGCUGAAGGACGAGCAGGGGCGACCAUUCUCGGACAAGUUCUUGCGUGAUAUCUGCGUGAACUUCAUACUUGCCGGGAGGGACACUUCGUCGGUCGCCCUGAGCUGGUUCUUUUGGCUACUCGACAAGAACCCGGAGGUGGAGCAGAAGAUUCUUGCUGAGAUCUGUGGGAUUGUGAAGGCGAGAGGAGAUUUCGUUGAAGGGAAGUUUGCUGGGAACGAUCUUGUCUUCCGUCCGGACGAGAUCCGGAAGAUGGACUACUUACAAGCGGCGAUUUCUGAGUCCCUGAGGCUUUAUCCUUCAGUUCCAAUUGAUCAUAAAGAGGUGGUCGAAGAUGAUGUAUUUCCUGACGGCACAAUCUUGAAGAAAGGCACCAAGGUGCUGUAUGUGAUCUAUGCGAUGGGGCGGAUGGAGGCCAUAUGGGGGAAGGACUGCAAGGAAUACAAGCCAGAGAGAUGGCUCAGAGAUGGCCGGUUCAUGAGCGAGUCGGCCUACAAAUUCACUGCGUUCAAUGGCGGUCCUAGACUGUGCCUGGGGAAAGAUUUUGCGUACUACCAGAUGAAAUUCGCUGCUGCCUCGAUCCUCUACCGAUAUCGAGUAAAGGUGGUGGAGGGUCACCUGGUGAUGCCAAAGCUGGCUCUGACUAUGUACAUGAAGCACGGGCUGAAAGUGAACCUUUUCAGGCGCGAUGAGAUUGAACUCCAGAAGUACCUCAAGAAAUGUUAUUAGGAUUCUAUAUCUUCGAUGACAUUUUACACCAUCUACCGACGGUGAUAAUACAUGUGUUUUCCUACACUAUUUAUUAUUUGUUUUACGUGAAUAUGGUAUUUGCCGUAUAUGAAAAGUUUCACUUGAUUGGUAAAACUAGAUGCAUAGACGAUUGAAAAAAGAUUGGAUUUUAGACAUGUGUUAGGAGACGUUACAAAAAUUGAAUAAUGUGGAGUUGAUAUGUUAAUUGAUUUUGCUCGUGUAUGCAUGUGAUUAUAAUAUAUGGUUGUAGUACGGGAGAAUUAAGUGAAUAAAAAGCUAUUAAA